AUGCCUUCCGACGCGGGUAGAAAGUGUAACUUGGGAAUCAGCCAAGCAGAAGGUGUUCCCUCUUUCGCCAUUGUUAUGCUGCCAUGCUGCCACGCUGCCCAGUCUGUCGGUCAACCCAAGCCUGGACUUGACAUAUUCUCUCUGGCGGACCUCGCGGCGCUGCGGCGCUAUUCGCCAGUCGACCGUCAGACUACAUUAGCCGACCUGACUGGGCUGCCACGCCUCGUGUGUGGCGGCGGUAGCACCGAUUGGUAUCGUGCUGCAGUGGUCGACAAGACACAGACAGACAGAUUUGGAUGGGCAUGA